AUGGCGCCCCUGAACAUUCUCAUCGUCGGCUGCAGCAUCGCCGGCCCAACUCUUGCGACUUUCCUUCUACUCGCUCCCACGCGGUCAUCAGAAAAGCCUCACAUCACAAUCUUGGAGAGAGCGCCUGUGUUCCGUCCCCAAGGCCAGAACAUUGAUGUUCGAGGUGCCGGUGUCACCAUCAUCCGCAAGCUCGGACUGGAAGCAGCGAUCCGUGCUGCUACUACAGGCGAAGAAGGCGUGCAAUUCGUGGAUAAGGAUAAUCAGAUAUGGGGCAGUUUCGGCGCCGACAAGAGCGGAAAGGUCCAAACCCCCACGAGCGACAUUGAGAUCCUGAGAGGCCGCAUGGCAGAUUUGCUUUAUGGACGAAGCCAGGAGGUCAGCAAGCAAGUGCAGGACGACGGCGGCGCGGGAAUCGAGUACAUAUUUGGCGACUCUCUCGAUGAGCUGGAGCAAGACGGAGACAAAGUCCACGUCCACUUCUCCAAGAGUGGUGAAAGACGUACCUUCGACCUUGUUGUUGGAGCCGACGGCCUCCAAAGCCGAACCCGAAGCCUGGCAUGGGGCGAGGACGGAGAGAAAGAUAGAGUCAAAAGGCUCGAUAUGUACGGCGGCUUCUUCAGCAUGCCACGCGGCCCCACGGACUCGGAGUGGCGACGGUGGUUCCACGCCGAGGGGCGCCGGGGGAUCAUGAUUCGCCCGUCAGGACUCAAAGAUCGAACAACCGUCUUCAUGGCCGUUGUGAAUGGUCAGGAUGAGAGACUUCGGGCCGUCGCGGAGAGGAAAGGCGGCAGCACCGCAGCCCAGAAAGCGAUCCUGAAGGAGUACUUCCAAGGCCUUGGAUGGGAAACGGAUCGCAUCAUCAAGGAGAUGAUGGCUACUGAGGAUUUCUACUACGACACCAUCAGCCAAAUCAAGAUGGGAAAAUGGAGCAAGGGGAGAGUUGUCCUGCUGGGAGAUGCUGGGUAUUGCGCCUCCCCAUUGUCGGGCAUGGGAACGACUCUGGCAUUGAACGGAGCCUACAACUUGGCUGGUGCCAUCACGCGGUCCCCCAACGACCUCCAGACAGCUUUUGAGGAGUAUGAAGAGAGCAUGCGUGCUACUGUUGACAAGGCGCAGCGUCUGGCACCGGGGAUGCCGCAUAGCCUUCACCCGGAGACGGCCUGGGGUGUCUGGAUGUUGAAUUUCAUCAUGUUCGCUCUUACUUGGUCGGGGUUGAUAGCUUUCGCUGCAAGAUUUGGAGGGCCGCCGGCUAAUUCGGUGCCUGUGAAAGAGUAUGGAUUUAGGAAACUACCGGAAGAGCCAGCUGCAUGA